AUGAUUAAUUUACCAAUUUUUCAAUUCCCUCCUUUCUUUUCCACUUUAUUUUUCCAAUUAUUUUUUAAUUAUUUCUCCUUUUCUUCUUCCAAACAAUUAAAAAUCAAAAAUUUAAAAUUUCCAACAAUUUUAUUAUUUUUAAUUUUAAAUUUUUCUUUUUAUUGUUAUGCUGAUGAUUUAACUAGUAACAAUACUUUAACAAACCAAACAGAUGCCGGUAAUGGGACAACAAUACCUAGCAUUCAAACAACAACAAUUAAUUGGUGGGGCUCAAUGGCAGUAACACAACCAGAUUCGUAUAUAGCCGAUGAUUCUACAGUAAUAAAUACAACAACAGAUAGCAGUGGAUUGAAUGGGUCAGCAAGUCAAGAUUCUUCUUCUUCUUCCAAUACUUCUUCUACAGAUACUUCAACUAACUCAAAUUCAACAACAAAAAAUAAAGCAAUCUCCUCUAAAUACCAAAAAUAUAUUUUAGUAAAUUUAAUUAGUAUUUUAUUUUUUGGAAUAUUUUUAUGUUAA